AUGGCGGCGUCCGUGGUCUGCCGGUCAGCUAGUGAGGGGGCACGGGUGUUGCUGCACGCCCGUGGCUCGCCAGCCCUUUUAAGGGCUUCUCUGCGGGGCGCGGCCACUUUCUCCCAAGCCCUCCAGAACGUGCCUGAGACGCAGGUCAGCCUGCUGGACAACGGGCUGCGCGUGGCCUCGGAGCAAUCUGCCCAGCCUACCUGCACCGUGGGAGUGUGGAUUGAUGCUGGUAGCCGUUACGAGACUGAGAAGAACAAUGGGGCUGGCUACUUUGUGGAACAUCUGGCUUUCAAGGGAACAAAGAAUCAUCCUGGCAGUGUUCUGGAGAAGGAGGUGGAGAACAUGGGGGCCCAUCUUAAUGCCUACAGCACUCGGGAGCACACAGCUUACUACAUCAAGGCUCUGUCCAAGGACCUGCCGAAAGCUGUGGAGCUCCUGGCUGACAUUGUACAGAACUGCAGCCUAGAAGACUCAGAGAUUGAGAAGGAGCGGGAUGUGAUCCUGCAGGAGCUUCGGGAGAAUGAUGCAUCUCCGCGGGAUGUGGUCUUUGACUACUUGCAUGCCACGGCGUUCCAGGGCACGCCCCUGGCCAAGGCUGUGGAGGGGCCCAGUGAGAACGUAAGGAAGCUGACACGUGCAGAUCUGACAGAGUACCUCAGCAGGCAUUACAAGGCCCCCCGGAUGGUGCUGGCAGCAGCUGGAGGGGUGGAACAUCGACAGCUGCUUGACCUCGCCCAGAAGCACUUCAGCAGCAUCUCUGGGACGUAUGCGGAGGAUGCCAUACCCACUAUCGAGCCAUGCCGCUUCACUGGCAGUGAGAUCCGCCACCGUGAUGAUGCCCUGCCCCUGGCCCAUGUGGCUAUUGCAGUAGAGGGACCUGGCUGGGCCAACCCAGACAAUGUGGCCCUCCAAGUGGCCAAUGCCAUUAUCGGCCACUAUGACUGCACCUAUGGUGGCGGCAGGCACCUGUCCAGCCCACUGGCUUCAGUUGCUGUGACCAACAAGCUGUGCCACAGUUUCCAAACCUUCAACAUCUGCUAUACAGAAACUGGCUUGCUAGGUGCGCACUUUGUCUGUGACUGCAUGAACAUUGACGACAUGAUGUUCUUCCUGCAAGGCCAGUGGAUGCGUCUUUGUACUAGUGCCACAGAGAGUGAGGUGGCACGGGGCAAGAAUAUCCUCAGAAAUGCCCUGGUGUCUCAUCUGGACGGUACCACCCCUGUGUGUGAGGACAUCGGACGCAGCCUCUUGACCUAUGGCCGCCGCAUUCCCCUGGCUGAGUGGGAAAGCCGGAUUUCGGAGAUUGAUGCCAGCGUAGUACGUGAGGUCUGCUCCAAGUACUUCUAUGACCAGUGUCCUGCAGUAGCUGGAUUGGGCCCCAUCGAGCAGCUCCCAGACUACAACCGGAUCCGUAGCGGCAUGUUCUGGCUGCGCUUCUAGGCAGAAAGCCUGUGCAGGCAAGAGGGUGGAGCCGGGGCUUAUGGUACCCCCACCACACACAUACCACUCUGGCUUCUCAGACCUUAGUAAGAAGAGGGCAGGUCACACAUUACCACCAAUAAAGUCCAGUAUUGAGAACUG